AUGAGAAGUCCCGCUGUGACUCGUUCUACGAGCCAGUUCUUCAACCCCACGGCGCACCCAUGCGUGGUCAUCAAGGUGGGCACCUCCAGCCUCAUCCGCGCCGAGCAGGGCAGCCUCAACCUGUCCAGCCUGGCCAGCAUCGUGGAGACGGCACGUGACCUCAAAGCACACGGCUUCAACGUCAUCAUCGUCUCCAGCGGCGCGGUGGGCGUGGGCUGCCAGCGCCUGCGCCUCUGCGUGCGCCCCGACAGCCUGGCGCAGAAGCAGGCGCUGGCGGCUGUGGGGCAGGUGCACCUCAUGCGAUACUACGACGACCUCUUUACCGCGGUGGACAUGAAGUGCGCGCAGGUGCUGCUGACGCUGGACAACCUGGCCAACCGAAGCCAGUACAUCAACGCCAAGAACACGUUUGAGGAGCUGCUGCGGCUGGGCGUGGUGCCCAUCGUGAAUGAGAACGACACGGUGGCGGUGCAGGAGCUGCGCAUCGGGGACAACGACACGCUGUCGGCGCAGGUGGCCACCCUGGUGCAGGCCGAGUGGCUCUUCCUGCUGACCGACGUGCCCAACCUCUUCACAGCCAACCCCAGCACCGACCCCGAGGCGCAGCCCAUCUACGAGGUGCCAGACCUGUCCAAGCUGCACGUCGACACCACCACCCGCGGCACACAGUGGGGCACGGGCGGCAUGGCCACCAAGCUGACCGCGGCGCGCAUCGCCACCGCCGCCGGCUGCCGCAUGGUGAUCUGCACCGCGGAGGAGCCGCGCAACAUACCCAGGAUCAUCGCGGGCGAGCGCAUCGGCACCGUGGGCCGCAAGCGCUGGAUUCUGAGCGUGCCUGUGCGGGGCGAGGUGUGGCUGGACGAGGGGGCGCAGCGCGCGGUGCAGGAGCGCAAGAAGUCUCUGUUCAGCGCCGGCAUCCUGGAGGUGAAGGGAGAGUUCGAGGCACAGGACGCGGUCAGCCUGUGCGAUUGCCAUGGAGAGGAGUUUGCGCGGGCGCUGAUCAACUACGCUCAGGAUGAGGUUGACAAAGUCAAGGGCCUGAACAGCCGCGAGUUUGCCUCAGGGCUGGGCUACAUGGGGCAGGAGGAAGUGUGCCAUCGCGCCAACAUCUGCUUGCUGCUGACGCACCACGACGAUUCAGACCACGAGCAAGACAGCGGCCACAGCCCCUACGACGGACCCUCCCGCUCCACCACGCCCCCCAUUGGCUCCAUCCUCCCCGCGGCGGUUGCCGCAGCAGAUGCGGCGGUGGCGGCAGGCACGCGGUCUCCUCCGGGCAGCGGCGGCGGCCACCACACGCCGGGCAGCCACAACAGCGCGCGGCCCCACCUGCCCCCGCGGCGCCCGCCCCACAGCAGCAGCAGCGGCAGCAUCGCCUCCACCAGCAACAGCUUCCGCCAGCAGUAUGAGCAGCUGGAGCAGCAGCGGCAGCACCAGCUGGAGCAGGAGCUGGCGGCGCAGCAGGCUGAGUCGCAGGAGCUGGCGGCCCGGCUAGCGGUGCUGCAGUCGAGGGGCGGCGGCACGCCUGUGACAGCGCAAGGCGUGAUUGGGCGUGCUUCUGGCACUACUAGCACCAACUGGGAUGCUGAGCUAGCAGCUGCUAUCGCCCAUGAGAGGCAACAGGAGCAGCUGGCGGAGCCUGUGCGGCUGCUCACCCACCUUGUGCGCGCCUUGUUGCGAGUUCGCUCGCCGCCGCUGGAGGCCGCUUUCGAGGCCGAGGUCAAGCGGCUGGGUGGCGUGCAAUCCGCCCGGCCCAAGCAGCUGCUUGAUGCCCUGCGUCCGCAGUUUCCCGAGCUCAACCUCCAGCUGCAGAGUUGCAAGUGGCACUUACAAACGCUUCGCAAGCGGGAGCAACGGGAGUUGGAGUGGCUUGCCACCAACUCUGGGCCCGUGCGAUGGACGGGCAAGCUCAAGGAGGCAUUCACAGAGGCUGUGGACCUCAUGGGGGGCGUCCAUUCCGCCCGCCCCAAGGCAAUUUGGGAUGCGCUGCAUCACACCUACCCCAUGCUCACGGUGCAGACGCUGCGCAAGAAGCAGGGGCAGGGGGGCGAGGGCGAGGAAGACGAGACGAUGCUAGAGGGCGACAGAAGCCAGGGCGACACGCCGUCGGUGGGUGGCACGUCGUCUGACCAGCAGCAGGGGCCUGAGCGGGGUCCGCUGUCAGCAAAGCGACAGUACUCUGCGGAUUCAGGAGGCAAUCCCCAGCAGCAGCAGCCGCCGCCGCAGCAGCAGGCCCAGGAGCAGCAGCAGGAGCCGCCGCAGCAGCCCUUGGUCACAGCGCUGCAGCCUCAGCGCGGCGUGCCGCCUUUGCCGCCACCACCGCCUUUGCCGCCGCCACCGCAGCGGCAUGAGCGGCAGCUGGGGGUGGGUACUGGCAGCACCAGCCGCGGCCAGGUGCGGGAACCACAGGAGCAGGAGGGCGAGCAGCAAGGGUGGCAGCAGCAGGUCCAGCAGCAGCGCCAGCUGCGCCGGCAGCAGCUGCAGCACGCUUUGGUGCAGCCGCCGGGGAGCGCCAGCUGGGGGAUUGACCUGGCGGCGGCAGCGCAGCAGGCGCGGCGACGGGCCACCGCCAUUUCGCGGCAUGUUCGCGUGCUGAUUGCCGAGCUGGAGCUGCACGCUGCGGGGCAGGCGGAGGCCGUACAUCUGCUGCAGCAAGAGCAGGCCAGCGGCAGGGAGGUGACUGAAGCCACGCUGCUGGCGCUAGCAGACCAGCUGCAGGGCGCACAGCCAGGCGGCUCCGGCCCCAGCAGCGCCGCCGCAGCCACGGCCGCAGCCGUGCUGGCAGCAGCGCGAGCGCUGGGGGCGCUGACACCGGCGCCGGAUGGCAGCGCCGGCGCCGGCGAGGCGGGCGCUGACGGCGGCGGCCUGGGGCACACGCGGCGGCGGCGAGACACCGCGGUUCUGGGCUCGCUGGUGCCGCUGGUGCGGGAGGGCGCGCUGGCCGCCGCUCCGCCUGCAGACCCCGGCCACAACCCCGCCACCUGCCGCGUGCCUGGCUGCCGCCGCUGCGCAUACCUAGACCGCCGGGCGGGGCAGGAGGCCGAGCGGGCUGGCCAGCAGGCAGCAGCCGCGCCAGACUCGCUACCGCAGCAUGUGCAGGCGCCACCAGCGCCGGCCAGCACCUCGGCACCGGCUGCGGCUGUGAGCCAAUGGGUCCUGCAGCAACAGCGCCUGGCUGGCCUGCCCGACUGGCUGCAGCAGCCGGGAGCGGCUGCGGCGCCGGGCGUGCGGCUGGCCACGACGCCCGGCGGCAGCGGCAGCGGCAGCGGCGGCAGCCUGCCUGGCAGCGUGGCCGCGGCGCUGGCAGCGUUCCAGCCGUUGCCAGACGCGGCCCAGCCGCUGUCCAUCUCAGACAACACGAGCUCGAUGAGCAGCCUGGAGAGCCUGCUGAAUGCGGCGGAGAAGAUGGAGAUGGCGGCGAGCAUGAGCCGGAGGGAGCAGUCGGCGCUGCUCGACCUGCUGCACUCUGACCCCACCCUGCUCAGCAGCGCAGCAGCAAUGCUGCUGGCGUUGCCCACCCUGACGCUGGCCCCGCCCCCAGCCACCAGCCCCACGCCGGCCAUGGCAGCGCCCUCCACCCAGGCCAGCCCUGUGUCCACGCACCAGCCCGGGGCUGCCCACCCUGCUCUAGAUGCCACAUUGUGGGGCGCCAUAUGCCGUGCCGUGCCAGCUAGCAACGCGGCCGGGCAGCGCGCGAUGGCGGCCUGGCUUGUUGAGGCCGGCGCCACUACGCCACGUGACGUGGUCAGCCUGCUGGACUCUUCCCCUCUGGUGCUGCAGCUGGCCCAUGAGGCAGCCAAGGCGGAAGGAGUGCGGCUGAUGGAGUGGGCUGCGCUGCUCAACACUUGCAAGCAGCUGGGGGCGGCGCCGCGGUAG